CGUAAGAAACCCUAUCUCUUGGGCACACACUCGAGAAGGAACGGCGGCGGCGGCGGCGGCGGCUGUGGGAGCUACGGUGGCCGCGAGGGCCCAAAAGAGUUUGCAAAACGGAUCCCCGGGAGCUGUCGGGUCCGUCUAACAUGGCGGCGCACCUGAAGAAGAGAGUCUAUGAAGAAUUCUCCAAAGUGGUUGUCCAGCAACAGCAUCAUGAAGAAAUCACGGCAAAGAAGCUCCGGCUGACCAAGCCCAGCAAGUCUGCCUCCCUCCACCUGGAUCUGUGCAAGGCCACGUUGCCCGCUGAUGCGCUGCAGUACCUGCUACAGUUUGCCCGGAAGCCGGUUGAGGCUGAAAGCGCGGAAGGCGUGGCCCGCAUCUUGCUGGAGCAUUUUUAUAAGGAGAACGACCCCUCCGUCAGGCUGAAGGUGGCCUCCUUGCUGGGCUUGCUCUCCAAGACUCCUGGGUUUUCUCCCGACUGCAUCCUGGACGACGCCGUUAACACCCUUCAGAAUGAGAAGUCCCACCAAGUCCUGGCUCAGCUGCUGGAUACUCUGCUGUUGAUCGGGACGAAGCUCCAGGAGAGUCUGGUGGUGCGGUCGCGCCUGGUUGACGUUGCCUGCAAGCAUCUGACCGAUUCCUCCCACGGAGUGCGGAUCAAAUGCCUCCUGCUGCUCGGCUGCCUCGGGACCGUGGAAAAAGGCGCCUCAAAAGAAGGAGAAGCCCAGCCUGCCAAAGAUGUCCAGAAGAUCAUAGGAGAUCACUUCAGCGACCAGGAUCCUCGAGUCAGGACCGCUGCCAUCAAAGCAAUGCUCCAGCUGCACGAAAGGGGGUUGAAGCUGCAACAGGCGAUUUAUAGCCAGGCCUGUAAACUCUUGACAGAUGAUUAUGAACAGGUCCGGAGUGCUGCGGUGCAGCUUACUUGGGUCCUCAGUCAGCUUUAUCCGGAAAGCAUCGUCCCGAUCCCCUCAUCCAAUGAAGAAAUCCGCCUGGUGGAUGAUGCAUUCGGGAAGAUUUGCCACAUGGUCAGCGACGGCUCGUGGGUGGUGAGAGUGCAGGCCGCUAAACUGUUGGGAUCCAUGCAGCAAGUCAGUUCUCACUUCUUAGAUCAGACCCUGGACAAGAAGCUGAUGUCUGACCUCAGGAGGAAGCGCACAGCCCACGAGCGAGCCAAGGAGCUUUACAGCUCAGGGGAGUUCUCAAGCGGCAGGAAAUGGGGGGACGACGCACCCAAAGAGGAAGUGGACACCGGGGCAGUGAACUUAAUAGAGUCGGGCGCGUGCGGAGCCUUCGUCCACGGCCUGGAAGACGAGAUGUACGAGGUCCGGAUCGCAGCGGUGGAAGCCCUCUGCAUGCUGGCCCAGUCCUCGCCCUCUUUUGCGGAGAAGUGUCUCGACUUCCUGGUCGACAUGUUCAACGACGAGAUCGAAGAGGUGCGGCUGCAGUCGAUUCACACCAUGAGGAAGAUUUCCAACAACAUCACUCUCCGGGAGGACCAGCUGGACACCGUGUUGGGGGUCCUGGAGGAUUCUUCCCGAGAUAUUCGGGAGGCUCUCCACGAGCUGCUGUGCUGCACCAACGUCUCGACAAAAGAAGGAAUCCACCUCGCCCUGGUGGAGCUCCUGAAAAACCUCACAAAGUAUCCCACCGACCGGGAUUCCAUCUGGAAGUGCUUAAAGUUCCUGGGGGGCAGGCACCCCACACUGGUGCUCCCGCUUGUUCCUGAACUGUUGGGCACCCACCCUUUCUUUGAUACCCCGGAACCUGAUAUGGAUGACCCAGCUUAUAUUGCAGUCUUGGUUCUCAUUUUCAACGCUGCCAAGUCGUGCCCGACUAUGCCGGCCCUCUUCUCGGACCACACCUUCCGGCACUACGCUUACCUUCGGGACAGUCUCUCUCACCUUGUACCUCCCUUGAGAUUGCCUGGGAAGAAACUGCUGUCCUCGCCCCGUUUGGCCACUUCUGCCCUCCAGGAAGAUCCUUCGCAGGAAUUCCUGCAGCAGAGUCUGGAGAGAGUUUUCAGCCUCCAGCAUUUGGACCCUCAAGGCACGCAGGAGCUGUUGGAGUUAACCAUUCGGGACCUUCAGAGGUUUGGAGAACUCCAGUCCGAACUGGCCGGGAUGGCGGACUUCUCUGCGGCUUACCUCCGGUGUCAGCUCCUGCUCAUCAAGGCGCUGCAGGAGAAGCUGUGGAACGUGGCCGCCCCGCUGUACCUCAAGCAGAACGCUCUGGCAUCUGCCGCAGCAAAACAGAUCAUGGAAGAGACGUACAAAAUGGAGUUCAUGUACAGCGGUGUCGAACACGCCCAGGUGGUCAUCAUUCACCAAAUGAGACUGCAGGCGAAAGCGUUGCAGCUGAUUGUGACAGCCCGGACUUCAAGAGGGUAA